AUGCCCGACGCGCACCGCAAGAAGGAAACCGCUCCCGCUCCCUCAACUCCCGCCAAGUCGGGGCCCGCGAAGACUAACACCACGAAGACGAACACCACGAAGCCAAGCUCCGCCUCCGCUACUCCCGCCAAAACAGUGUCGUCUUCUUCUACCCCUGCCAAACCGACUCCAACUCCGGCUUCGACCACUGCUGCGAAGUCCGGACCGGCCGCGUCCACAUCCAACAAGCCAACCCCCACCCCCUCCGCAUCCAACAAACCAAAGCCAACCCCGACCCCUUCCGCAUCUGCACCUGGCAAACCAGCCCCGGCCUCCUCCGCCGCUGGCGGCAAGUCGGCCCCCGCCCCCCCUGCCCCGGUCAAGCGGCCUUCCGGCUCGUCGGAACACGGCGACGCUGACGCGCAGCAGCGCACCAAAGACACGUGGAUGGAGGCGCACUGGAAGAAAUGGUCGCCCCAAGCGGACAAGGACCGCUCCUACCCCGUGGUCUUUGACAAGUCCCCGCCCGAGAUUAGGGCCAAGCUGAUCAAGGUCCUGGGCGGCACCGAGCCCAAGCUGUCGAGCAUGGCCAGCGCGCUGAGCUAUCUCGAGGCUGCUUCCGGCGCGCCGGACCCAGGUCCGGUUAAGGUGGCGUUUGUGGAGGCGGACCAGUUCGAUGCUAUUUGCGAGGCGUUCGUUACUGAUGGUAUCACUAUCAAGAUGCCUAAUAAGACCGGCAAGGGCUUUAAGAAGCGGAAGGCGUUUGUGCCGGUUAGUGAGGCGAGGAAGGCGUAA